AUGAAGGCAUCAACCACCCUCCCUAUCCUUGCCAGCCUUGCUAUGGCUAUCCCGGCUCCCCAGAGCACUGCCGACAGACUCUUCUCGCUCUCGGUGGACGACAUUCUCCGAAUGACUCAGGCCAGUGUUGAUGAUGCAAUUGAGAAAGGAUGGACCGAGGACAAACAAUUGAACUUUGACUGCAAAGUGGCUAAGAAUCGCGUUAAAUGUAACACGGGUAUGCCCACGUCUCCGCCCCAGAACAAUUUCAAGACCCUCUGCGAGGAGGUUGGUUGUGGAGGCUGCACGCCACUUUUUGGAAGUCGUUUCAACUCCAAUUACGCCAAUUACAGUUUCACUUGCAAGAUUGACAAGCCCAAAGGUGUUGGUGAGCCAUGCGAGACUGGUUCCGAACCUUGCGGCGACGGGCUGGUGUGCAAGCCAGAUGAGAGUACUCCCGCUCUUGAGUUUGGGAAGAAGGGGAGCUGCCAGCGACACAGCAGCAGGAACAGCCAGGCAAUUCCUGUUGAAGGGUUCUGA